AUGGAGACUGUGCUCCCAGAUCAAAAAGACGUAAGAAGGGUCCCCAAACCUCUCAUGGAGAAACGGAGGAGAGAUCGUAUCAACCACAGUCUGGAAACCUUGCGACUUCUGUUGUUGGAGAACACACGUAAUGAGAAACUGAAGAAUCCCAAGGUGGAAAAGGCAGAGAUUUUGGAGAGUGUGGUCAACUUCCUGAGGACAGAGCAGGAAGGAGAACAACAGCAUCAGCCAAUGAAAAGAGGCCACUCCAAAGAUGGUGGGGAAGAGCAGAGGUCCCCCUGCAAGAGGAAGCAGCAGAACUACCGUGAGGGCAUGAGGUCAUGCCUACUAAGAGUCAGCCACUUUAUAGCCACCAAGAGCCAGGAGUUGGAUGAGCCCAGCCACGAUGCUGAUGCCCUACCUCAGAGGUCCCCCAUGGGGCUCACCCAUCCUCCAUCAUCUGCCCAGCUCCAUGGUACAUCACCUUCCACCCCCGACCAAACUCCUCUGCUUGGGCAGCAGCUGCCACAGCCUCACCCGGGCCCAGGUCUGACCAGGCCAUCCCAGAGAACUGGCCUCGGUAACAGAGAGAGUCCUUCCCCCUCCAAGUCGUACAUGGAGCACAGUGACUCUGUGUGGAGGCCAUGGCCACAGCAGUGA